CCACCAGUGACAGUCGCGCUUUAACUGGCGAACCGCGCCGCGAUGACACCGAGAACAACAAUUUAAUUCCCUUCAUUAUUUUUAUCAACUGGUAUCAGUUACCAGGAAUUUUUAUCCUCAAAAUUACCAGUGAUUUUUUGUGAAUGUCCAGGACAUAAGAUAUUUUUAAAUAGACCAUCUCCACGGCAGAUGGUUUUUUCGGAGAUUUUUCGAAAUUCUGGAGAUCGUUAGAACGACAAAAAAAUUUUUUUAAUGCCAGAGAGCGUUAUCGGUAACGAGAGGGGAUCAUUACCAUCACACCAGAUUAUAUUUCCUCAAUUAACUUGAGCUAAAAUCAGAGAGCAACAGAAAUUCAUUAAAUCCCUGUUACUAAGCAUCAAUUAAAAAUUUCCAGUGCAAUUACGCUCAUGCAAUUUUCGAAAUACAAUUAGACUCUCUGAGGUUGAGUGAUUCUACCUGAAGGGAACCAAAGUUCAACGUUUUGGAGCAGUAAAAUUACCCAUAAAUAUCGGAGGAAAUAAUGUCCAAGUCGAUUUGAAAAAGAGAAUCAAAAUUUUUAAAAAUAAAAUCUCUGAAGUGCCAUCGAGGGCGACGCACCCCUGAGGCGACUAAAAAGUUUGAAAAUUUUCCUGUUCGAGAAGAGAAACUCGAGGAAUUGACUAGUUAAAAAAAUUCCUAAAAAUCAAAAACUAAAAAAUUGAAUAAUAAGCAUUAUCCAUCGUGGGUCUCCCAACACCCACAAUUCGAUAAUCACCCCUCGUCAUCAAUCGAGCCCCAAAAACUUCGGCGAUUGUCAUAAAAUCCAAUCACUGGCCGCUCAAUGAACGCAAUGUGCGGUCACCUGGGACUGACGGAGCGAUCGUAUCCGCUGUCAAUUGCCCGAUGGUGUACUCUCUUUCGCAUAAAAAAUAUCUCAAGUGUCUCGUAAAAACAAUGAGAGAAACGAAAAAGCGCGGCUCAAGAGAGAAUAAAAAAUCUCCGAAAAAAAUAUUCAACGUUGAAAUUCAUUACGAUCGAUUGUUCGAUCAUUAAUCAGCUGUUUCACCGGAGCCAAUAGUCAUAAUUGGCGUUGUCAGUGGUGAAAAUAUUAAGUUAAAGCAAAAUCGCUAAUGCGCGGUAGCAGUUCGGAAUUACUGCUUGACGCGAGCAGCCAGAGUCAAUCAAAUACCCAAAAGUACGAAGUACAGGAGAAGGAAUUACGUCGUCGCAAACUGUUGGAACUCGGUUUUGGCGCUUCGCGGCGCCGGCCGCCCCGGCGUACCUGCCGACAGCGGUUCAAUUUUUAUGCAACAUCGGCAUUGACACUCGUCGCAACAUCGUGCGGUGCUGCAUUAUUAUUUCUAGUACCACUUUACGUGGAUCCAGCGAUAAGUACACUUGCCGCUGAUUUUUCACCUGAGCCAGUUCUCUGUACGACAGUGAGGAGAGAGGAUAUUGUGGGGAUUUUUAAUUGCACUUGGAGCUCGUGCAGGGAGGGAUGUACUAGUGAUGUGUAUCGAUGUACUCAUAUUUAUGUGACGUACACACCGUGGCGGAAUAGCAGUGGGUGGGGAAAUGAAUCGGUGGUUGGGGGCAAUCAAAUGGGAAAGGGAGUGAUUGGUGGUGAGACGAGUACCGAGGCUUCAAGCACGGCUUCACCAGGUGAUGUCGAGGCAAUACUCAAGGUGAACAUCAAAGGCUGUGGUUAUCCACCAAUUGUCGAUUGUGAAAACUUUACACGUGAGCUUGGUUACGAGGGUGCCAAGUUUCCAUGUUAUUACAGUCGUGUUAACGGUAGCAUAGUGAUGGCAAACUAUAAUCGUCAAGCUCAGCUCGAAACAAUACUGCACUUCCUCGCAGCGCCAUUCGUUGUAACACUGGCAACGAGUGUGGCACUAUGUGUUAUGCACUGUGACUGCAGAUGUGUAGCACCACCACCACAUCAUUCACGGGGAAUGAGAAGGACCAGGAUGAACGAUUUAAGUGAUCACUCUAUAAGCAACCGGGUGGACCGCAGAGGACACCCCAUCCACUGCGAGUGCGGUGAAGUGACCCGACCUUUAUGACGGCGGGAGGAAACGGCUGAGAGUACCUUAGCAACAUCUCAGUCGGAUCUCUAGGUCUCAAGAGAAAUUUCUAGUAAAAAAAAAUUCACGUCUCCUCUGAUAUUGAAAUUCGCCCCGACUCGUGCAACGACGAACGGCUCGUUUCACGAUGCACGAGAACGAAUCAAAAAACAAUACACUAGGUUAAGAUUGUUCAUUAUUUAUUUGGCAAUCAGAGCCUUUGAGUUAUGCAGCAAUUUCUGGGGUGGACAGAAAAAAAUGUUGAGGGAGGUUCAGUGGUUUGCGGCUGGCCGCUCGUUAACCCCGUCUUCCAUACAAUACCACUAGGUGAAAAAGGAACUCGAAGCCUCCCAGUGGUGUAAGAGUACACAAUGGUAUUGAUUACCAUCUUCGUAACAAUGGUCAGGCGUAUAUUUAUAAUAGGUAUGUGUACAACUCACGAAUCAAAUUUUAAUGGUAGGAAAAUAGGAGGGGGGUACACUGGGAUUGAAAAUUGUUGAUUAAUUUUUACUGAUUUUUUUUCGUUAAAUAAUGAGGCAAGAAUUACUGGGAUGCAGUGCAGGAAACUAAUAUUUAAUGACAAACUUAUAUUGAGGAAUGUUUUUUUAUGCAAAUUAUGGAAGAAAAAAUUUUCUCCUCUUUCGAUUUAAUUUUCUGGUAGAUCCUUAUGUCAGUGUAUCUCACGGAAAAUCAUUCCGAUAUGAAACAAAUCGGAGAACAAUGUCUCACGAUAUUACUCACGUGAUGUGAUCGAUAUUAUUUUUCAUUUAGAAUUUCCAUUCUCAAUUUAGAGAUUCCACCGACGAGUGAAAAUCAACCGGCGAAAUAUCGUUAGCCGAUGAUUGAAAGUGGCAAUUUGUAUGAUGUGUCAGGUUCAAUCGAUAAUCCAUAGGGGUGAAUCAGAUUUGCCAUUGUCAUACCUGCCUUGUUAACUUAAUUGUGCGAACAGUUGCAAUGUUAUUGAUUUUUAAAAAUCAAUAAGUGCGAAUAGUGAUGAAGUUGACUGCAGUGAGUCACCUAUUUGCUCCACAUAAAAGUGUCCUGAUUGAAACGAGUGCAUAACAAAGAUUAUAAACUUAAUCUCGAGGUGAGAGUAUCACUCAUCGGUGAUUAACAAUAUUUUUAUAUUGUCUCAGACACGAGAAAAAUAGUUACUCCAUUUUUCCACUAAUUAAACGUUCUUUUAGCCCCUGAAAAAAAAAACUCGACUGAAUUAACAAGUCACAAUUCCAAUUCGACAUUCAAUCGGUUCCCCGAUAUUAAAAAAUUAUUGUAAACUCAUGUGAGCACGCAAUAUGAAACAUUAUACGAUUUUCGAUUAAUGUCGAAUGAAUUCUGUUGUCUCGAAAUUAAAAAAUCCAAUCACCGAUGAGGAAUUGAGAAAAAAAAAUCGUACGGAGCACAACGAGAUUGUUAUUGAUACGGAAUUCGAAUCAGCGGGAUGAUGGUAUUGAAAGCUCUCAACCUUGAUAUUUUAUGCACCCCAAUGCUACAGGAUAGGUAACGAGGCGGUUAAAAAAUGGAACAUUGCCAAAACCACGAAAUCGACCACCACGAGAAUGAAUUUACGCUGGACGUAAAACUGAUAUUAAACGAAUGAGAACUUUAUAUGAUAAAACUCCACUGGCUUUUUUUUUCUUCCACAUUCACCCCCUCCCUCGUGUAUACAAGAGUUUAAUUUACAGUAAAUGUAGGUCAAAUCGAAUUGGGAAAGGUUAAAUCAGGUCACUCGUAAGGUGAUUAAUUAUUCAAGAUUAUUAGUUCAGCGCCUGGAAAAAUGAUUUAUUUUUUUCGACUCUAUAAUUUUUCAAAUUCACGAGGGGCUACGAUUGAACUGAUCAGGGUAAUUAAGAGGUUAAUCUGAAUGAUUGAAAAGAGAAAUCAUUGCGAGGAAAAAAUUAUUUGAAGUAAAUAAAGUGUUUAUUCAACUCAAAAUAUUUUUUUCAAUUUAAUUAAUCACUUGUUCAGAUUAAAUAAAUUUGCGUCUGUUGAGGGAAUUGGUUAAAGAACGUUCGAGCAAAUAUUAUUAGUUAAUAAAAUAAACAUUUUUCUGGGUGUAUUCGGAAAUUUGAGUGAGAUGAAAAUCAUUUCCAUGAGUCAUGAGAGGAAAUGCAAUUGGAUUGAAUACAAUAAAGAUAAACAUAUCGUACUGACGCCGUCAGUGGAGGAGCUAUGUAGAUGCCUAUCGCUUGAUUCGAAGGAGCUUUAAAGUUGCGAGAGUAGAAGAAUUGAGAAUUGAAAAAAUCGUGUUUAAAUAAAGACAAAAAAACAAUUAUAAGUAGCUACUGAGUGGGAAACUUCAAGGAGCUUUUUUCAAUUAAAUUUAAUGGGCUAAUUAUGGAAUAGCAGAGAGUGGGAGGUGUGACCCUCUCAAUUGUUGUUGUUUCAUUAUUCAUUAAUUUUUUAUAUCCUGCCUCAAGUAUCGGGAAGUGGUGAGAGCAAAUGUACGAUUACUAGAUGAUUCAUCAAUUAUUUUUAGACUGAAGUUCAUCGAAGCUCCUCAACUGAGAUGAGGACGGGCUGGGAAAAAUAAUUUCCCACAAAUUUUGCGGUUCAUUUUGUGGGCCUCAGAAUUUUCCAGAUGAUAAAUUGACGACUUUGCGAGGUUUUGAGACUCAAAUAAUUUCCGUUGGAAGAAAUAAAAACUGUUGGAUUCAGUGAGAGGAAGUUUACUGAACGAUCAAAUGCGGAAUACCACAGUUGUAAGGAACUCCAAGGCCAUGGGAAGGACUUCAUCAGUGAGAUUGAAGAAUUCUCGAGACUUUGGUCUCAAAUACUUUAGGGGUUUUUCUCAGCACCUUGACACGGAAAAAACCCACACAAGAGGAAAUACAUUGAGAGUCAAUAUGUUGAAUUGACUCUCAAUUCGAUACUUCAGGAGAAAUUCAUGGAAUUAUUUUGAAGAAAUCUUAUCAUCAAAAUUCUCAUUUACAAACAUUAAAAUUAACGGAUUUUUUUCUAACGCAAUAAGUUAUAAAAACGUUAUCUUCAAAAAUUGUAAAAAUGUUAUUAUCACAAUAAUUUUGUACUGGAAAUAAUCCCAAUUUAUUGAAACAUUUUUUGUUCAAAAUAGGACGUCCCUGAUCUGGAAAUUCAUGAGUUCGAGAUAUAUUUUAUUCAUUUUUUAUUAGCGCGUUCUCGAAAAUAAAAAACGAGUUCAUGUUUCUUGAGGGUUUCAAAAUUAUGAGUUUCGUUUUUCCACACCUACAAUGGUUUCCAGAACCGUAGGUUCUGCACAAUUAUCCGGUUCCAGAAACUCGACACUUUUUUCACCGAAGGCGAGCUCCUCUUGAAUAUCAAUAUCGGGGUGAAAUAUUCAACUCCUUCAUGAGUCAUGACAUUUUACAACUUCACUGCGGAACAUGAAGUUAAAAUUGUUUCAAUGCACUUCAUGUGAGUGGCUGAGCGUAACGAAGAACAAUAAAUUCAAAUAGUCGACGAAAUAGCGUGUGAUCAUUGAUAAUUUUGUACAUCAAAUUCAAUUUGAAUGAAGCCCUGUAAUAGUAAGAAAUUAAUUUAUCAAAAUCAAUCAGCCUUCAGAUAUUUUUUCAAUUAAUAGAAUUAACUAAAAACGUCAUCGAUUCAUCUGCUCCGGUUUUGUUUUUUUUUAAUCGGUGUUUAAAUCGAAUGUUGGUUCAAUCUGUUUGUAAAUUUUCAAUGAGAGAGUAGAAUCCUGCCAAUUAUGUGAUAACUAUUGAAGACCAUAAUGAAACAGUUAAUUAUGAAAUUGAAAUUUCUCGAUUGAUGCUAUCGCUUGGAUUAUUAUCACACUAGUGAUAAAAUUCAUUUUUUCCUGUUUAUAACUUAAUAUUCACGGACCCAAGGUCGAACUAUUACAAUUCCCAUCAGUAACUCCCUUUUGGCUCUCAUUUUCCGGGAUUCAUUCAGUAAACUUAAGUAGCUCGUGGCCUAAAUUGCAGGAAUAAAUAUUCUCCACGGUGAUUCAAUAUUUCACUUUCAACUGUUACUUUAAUAGACUCACUAUUUGCUCUCUUUGUUCUACCUUCAUUGCUUGACGACAUAUUACACUGUCAUUCUUCCACACGAUAGUUUCAGUAAUUCACUUCUAGUGCAGUUUCUUCCCUGAAACUCGAGACAUUUGGUAUUGUCACGUGGUGAGUGGAGGACUCGAGGACGCAAAAAGGAAAGCGAAUUGAUUUAGGAGAGAUUUAAUGGUGGUGAAUAAAUGCUGAGCGCUGGAGUGUGUGAAUCAAUUGUUGAGGACUUCCCCUUUAAUUUCUUUUACACCGGAAUUGAGUGAGAGUUUUUUUCAUUUUUUUUCUCCGUAUUGAUAUGUCUAUCUGAUUAGAGGACGAGCAAACCUAUAAAUUGCAGAAACAUUCCACAUUGUGUUUAUUAUUGACAAAUACAUUCGAAAGAGAAUUUGUUAAAAUAUUCCAAAGAAUUUCUUUAGAUCAUUAAGGAGACAUUUGAAUGAUUCUUCUGAAAAUUUUUGAAAGACCUUCAGGAGACGAAAAAUAUUCUUUGCAAGAUUUCCUGCUGUUUUCCUUUCUCACCGAAUUCAAUAGAACCGUCAGUCACUCAUUGUGUUCAUUGUUGUAUGAAUGGAUGAGUUAAUCAACUGUUCAGAUGGGGAAACCCGAAGAGAUAAUUUCGCUGAUAAUUGAUAGUCUGACAUUUUAAUUCUGUCAAAUUCUGAGUUCAUAGACUCAGUCAGAGUAUCCCCACGAGCUUCAGAUUUGAGCUGAUAUAAUCCUUCGGCAUCAGUCAGAAAAUGUGCAUAAUAGACGACGAAUGAAUCCAGACUCACGCACAUAAGCCUUCCGUCAUACUCGUCAAUGCACAUAAAUUGACCAUAAAGGAAAUUUCUCACUAAUUUCGCAUGUGUAUGCACUUGAUUAAAUUUAUUAAUGAGCUACUAUACCAUCCAGCGAUGAUCGCAAACAGCGAGCAAGACCAUUAAUCAGGUAUUUAUAUAUAGGCACUGCCAGGCUUUGAAAAAAUCCAAGUUUUUCGUGUUGGACGAUGGAAUAUUACUCUGUUACGUCAAAGCCGUGAUAUAAAAGGGGAAUUUCAAGUGAUUAAUUUAGUAAUUAAAUUCAGUAUCACUAAGUUCAACAAAAUAUUUGUUUUGCAUGAAGCAAACGCGAUCUACUGAUUGUGAAUUUUUACCUAAUUUAUUGAGUAAAAAAAAUUUGCAAAGGAGGAAGAAUAUUUUGUUGAAUUUUAAAUGAUUCUUGUUGUUGAAUAGAAGAGAACGACCUCCCGUCGCAUUAUUCUAGUUUAAAAAUUAAUACUUGAAAUUGAAAAGAUGUGUAGGCAUAUGGUACUACUGAAUGUCGUGUGACGAUCUUGGUUUUCGUAAAAAUAAAAAAAAAUGGAAAAAUGUUUUACAGAUAAGAAAAUUUCAGCAGAUGUACGAGCAAAUCUAGUAGAUUAUUGACGAAUUAUACUACUAAUGUUCAUGAAAUAUGUAUUACUAAUUUUAUACGAUAUUCAAGGGCAUAAUUUGUAAUUUCUACUGUCGACGAUUCAACUGUGUACAUAGGUAGAAUAAAACUUGAACUGUUUUGUUAGAUUUUACCAAUUAACGAUGAAAUUGCUUUUGACAAAUGAACAAGUGGAAUUAGCUGAGAAUUUUUUUCAGCUUAACAAAUUAUAAAGAGAUAGAGCAGUAAUAUCGCUGAUGAAGAAUAAAAUAUAUUUCGCCACA